CAGAUAGAGAACCUCAUUUUCACUGGCUAUGAAGAAACAGUGUGGUAAAGAUUACUGAGUCUGUGUCUCUUCUCUUUCCCUCAGUUUAAGUCAGUCGGCCUGUUGGACGCCGACGUCUAUGGUCCAUCCAUUCCCAAAUUGAUGAACCUUAAGGGAAAUCCAGAUCUAAGUGACACAUCUCUAAGUAUGACACAUUUUUACCUUCCCCUCUGGUUUUCCCCUGACCAUCAUCUUGGGUUGUUUUGUAUUUAUUGACUGAAGUGUUUUUCUCCUCCUCGCAGACAAUCUGAUGAUCCCACUUACCAACUAUGGGAUUCCUUGGUGAGUCCUUUCAGUUAGAACAUUGUUUUCACUCUCAAACUCUUCAUGUUGGGGAAAAUUGAAAUAAUAGCCUGUUGUGCUGUCUGUUCUGACCCUCUCCCAUUGUCUCUCAGCAUGUCGAUGGGUUUCCUUGUGGAGGACGUGGCUCCCAUUGUGUGGAGGGAGCUGAUGGUGAUGUCGGCUAUAGAGAAACUGCUCAGACAGGUGAGAUGAGUUUAGAAAGUGAUAGUCACAGUGUGAAAAUGCACUGCUGAGGUAGGGCAACAAAUCUGAUUUGAUAUAGGUGCAUGAAGGUUGUGUUUGAUUGUAGGUGGACUGGGGGUCGUUGGACUAUCUAGUAGUUGACAUGCCUCCGGGUACAGGAGAUGUCCAACUGUCGAUCUCACAGAACAUCCCAGUUGCAGGUUAGUCCCACAAACACACACACACAAACACACACACACACACACACACACACACUGAGCUAUUUUUAACAAGAGUGUUUUUGAUUCUUAUCAUUUUAUAUGAACUGCAUCCAGUGCAGUCCACUAACUAGAUACAAUAAACUUGUGCUAUUUUGUUUUGUUAGGUGCGGUCAUUGUGUCGACACCACAGGACAUCGCCCUGCUAGAUGCUCACAGAGGAGCUGAGAUGUUCAAGAAAGUUAAUGUGCCGGUAAUUUCUCUGUGCAUGGCAUUGAAAAUCCAAAAAAGACAUGAGACAUCAUCUGUAACACCUGCUGUUAUAUGUUAAAUGGGUUGACAGACCCAAACUAUUUUUUCUUAUCUGUGUGGGGUCCCAGGCACACAAAUUAUUUUUUGCCUUUUCUUCUUGUUUCUUAUGGAGUUUUACAGAAAAUCGGUCUUUAUAGAUGCAAAUAGCACUCUGUUAGACGUUUAAAAUAGCUACUUUGUUCAAGACAGUUCAUGUACCUGAAUCUCUGUGCAUAUUUGUCAGUAAAUAAAAUUCCCACCAUGAUUUAAAGACCCGUUGGAGCCAAAACUAAAUAGAUCACGAAGUACUGUACUGUACUUUUUUGUGGGUCACAAACAAAUAUAGGUUGUUUUUUUCUACCUUUAAAGGGAUGUUAGCCCACACACUUAUAUAAGCUGGUUUUUCUCGUCCUUGGAGGUCACAUACAGACGUAGGUUUUUUUGAUUCUAUGAGGACACACACUUGUAUUAUAUCUUUGGGCUUACUUAUGUUUAAUGUGACUAUAACUGUAUGCAUCUAUAGAUUUAAAGAUUAGAGUAACAAGAGGUUAAAAACAUCCUGGUUGGUGUUCCUGCAGGUUCUUGGUCUAGUGCAGAACAUGAGCGCCUUCCAGUGUCCUAACUGCAGUCACCAGACUCACAUCUUCGGCUCUGAUGGGGCUCGGCAGCUCGCGGACACUCUGGGGGUCAAAUUCUUAGGUAAGUACCUUCAGCCACAGUCUGUGUAAAUUCUAGUCUUAUUUAGUUUAAACAUACUGGAAUAACUUUUCAUCUUUAUUCACAUUUAACAAUCAUUUUGACUAAUUUUCUCAUUCAUGUGAUUUAUCCCUUCUGUGUCUAUCCAGGUGACAUUCCUCUUCACCUAAACAUCAGAGAGAUGUCAGACAGAGGGACUCCAGUGGUUGUCUCGUCCCCAGAUAGCCCAGAGGUCUCUAACAUGUCCACUUCUAUACGUUAUCAUUCUACAACACUUGUAUUUUUGUUUUUUCUGUUGUAUUAUAUUUUGUAUUUUAAGUGCUAUGUGUGUGUUUGCAUUCACUCUCUAGGCCGAGGCAUACAAGAAGGUUGCAUCUGUUGUCGUCCAGAGACUCGAGGAAGUCAACGCCUAAUGAACAGCUUCUCAGAAAGUCAGCCAACAGACUGGGAUGAAGCAAAAAAAGACACAACGGCAUCAGAUUUAUGCAUAGGAAGACAAAGAUAUUCAUAAAACACAUAAAAAACAGAAACGCACAAACUUCUUCUCUGUCGUAACGCACAAAGAGUCAAACCCAUAGCACUGAUCGCAGCAGCGCAGUAAUGUACUGUAUUCAGGUCAAAAGUCCGGCUAUACCACAUAGGCCCACACACACACACACACACACACACUUGCUCUGUCUUUCAAUCCUUUUCACACACACACACACACACACACACACACACACACACACACACACACACACACACACACACACACACAGAGGGACUCCCUAUUUUGGAUUGUCCUCCAGGGGGUGCUGUGUAUCCAGAUAGGAUGUUUUAUCUGGUUGGUGUGUUUUUCAGAAGCAGACACACAGUUGCCUCACGGAUGCAGCUCACCCUGCUGCGAAAAGACCUCAGAUCAACUGCACUCCCCUUGACCUAUUUCAACAUAUUCACAGCGUUAUUGUUGCCUCAUCUGACAUUUAUAUGAAGCCUUAAACUGAGAUAUUCUCCUUUGGUCCUGCGCUGCAUCUAAACCUGACUCCCUGACACAAAAACCAGUGCAGAUGUCUCUAUCUCUGUUUUAUCGACAGCUGUUUGAGACAAAACCACAUGGCUGGGUUUCCAGCCACCUCUGAGACAGCUGCUGCAUCAUUUACACACGGCGGUGUCGCUUGUUUGUCGCCCAUUUGGACAGGAUUAAUUUCAGAUAUGAUUAUUCUGAUGCUAGAGAUUGAUGCUUGCGGCAGGGAAGGCUGGUCGGUCUGUAUGCGUUUCCUCAUAUUGGCUUGCUUUCUCGAGACAGGCCAUCUCAUUGCAUCACAACCCGUCAUUUUCCACAGAAAUAGACAACAAAUGAAAUGUCCCUGCGAUGUACAAGGCUUCUGCCUGCUGUGGAAGAGCUCUGGGCUUUUUCUCUGUUUUCCUCUUUUAAUAUAUCUUUAUAUAUUUCUUUUCCGAUUUCUUAUCGUCUCUUUACAUUACACUACACUUUUUCUUCAUCUCUGG